AUGGCCGGCUCAAAGAAGAGAUAUGCCCUGAUCGGCACAGGUGGACGAGCAAUCUUCUUUUACACGGCCAUAGCGAGAGAUUAUAGCAACACUUCCUGUAUCGUGGGCAUUGCAGACACGAACCAGACACGCAUGAAUUUUGCCAACGACAAACUCGAGUCUCUUGGUCAUCCCAAGGUGCCCACCUACCUGGCAUCCUACUUUGACAAGUUCAUUACCGAGACGAAGCCCGACGAAGUGAUUGUCACAACCAUCGACCGGACGCACAACAUCUACAUUGUACGGGCGCUCGAACUCGGCUGCAAUGUCGUGACCGAAAAACCCAUGACCAUUGAUGUACCUCGCUGCCUGCAAAUAUUCGACGCCGUCGAGAAAACUGGCAACAAGGUGCGCGUAACCUUCAACUACCGCUAUGCACCGCACAAUACAAAGGUGUUUGAACUGCUGCGGUCGGGAGCCAUUGGCACCGUCACGAGCGUCCACUUUGAAUGGGCGCUGAACACGUCCCACGGCGCCGACUACUUUCGCCGCUGGCACCGCGACCGGCGCAACAGCGGCGGCCUGCUCGUCCACAAGAGCACCCACCACUUUGACCUGGUCAACUUUUGGCUGCAGACGCGGCCCCAGACCGUCUACGCCCAGGGCGACCUCAAGUUCUACGGCCGCGAGAACGCCGAGGCCCGCGGGGUCCGCGACUUUUACACGCGCGCGCACGGCAGCGACGUGGCCCGCCGGGACCCCUUUGCCCUGCACCUCGAGGACCACGCGCAGCUCAAGGCCAUGUACCUCGACGCCGAGCACGAGGACGCCUACUACCGGGACCAGAGCGUCUUUGGCGACGGCAUCAGCAUCGAAGACACCAUGAACCUGCUGGUGCGGUACAAGAACGGCGCCGUCAUGACGUACUCGCUCACGGCCUACGCGCCCUGGGAGGGCUUCCGCGUCAAUUUCAACGGCACCGGCGGCCGGCUCGAGCUCGAGGUGGUCGAGAACAGCUACGUCAACUCGGGUGGCGACCAGGCUGCCGAGGGUUCCAUCGAAAAGACGACGCUGCUGCUACGUCCGCUCCUGGAGAAGCCCCAAGAGAUUGAGAUCCCGCAGGGCACUGGCGCCCAUGGUGGAGGUGACACUGUACUGCUGAACGAUCUCUUUGGCGAGCCUGUCUCUGAUGAGUAUAUGCGUGCCGCGAGCCACGUGGACGGCGCCUUGUCUAUCUUGACGGGCAUAGCUGCCAAUAAGUCGAUAGCUACUGGACAAGUGGUCAACGUUGAUGAUGUGCUCAAGAUACCUCGGACAUAG